AACAGCAAUGGCGACCGCAGCUUUCCCAGACGAAGUCAGCGGCGACUCCCUCGAGUGUUCGAUCUGCUGCUACACCUUUACGAAGCCGAAGGUUCUUCCCUGCCUGCACACCUUCUGUGAGCACUGCCUACGGGAAUGGGUCCAGAAGACCGAUGGUGACACCUUUCCAUGUCCUAUUUGUCGACAACCAGUCCCCUUGCCCCAAGAUGGCGUCGAGGGUAUAAAGGACAACGUAUUUCUUGCUAGCCUGGUGAAAGCUGUGACCGAACAUCACGAGAUUCGCCAGGGGAAAGAUGACCUUCUCUGCACUAACUGUGAGGAAGGGAAGCCGGCCACGUCCAGGUGUUCGGAGUGCGCUGAGUUUCUCUGUGAGAGUUGUGAGUCCGCACAUCGCCUAGUGAGAGCUACCAAGGGCCACACCCUCUUCACGUUUGAGGAACUGAAAACGGGGAAAUAUGACAAAGUCUUCAGGGCCAGGAUAGCGCCACCGUGCUCCAAGCAUUCGGGAGAGAUUUUGAAACUCUACUGUAGGACCUGUGAUUCUACAAUAUGUAACGAAUGUGCCUUGUUUGAACACAGGGACUCGCAGCAUAACUACACUCGCAUAGAAGAGGUGGCUACCGAGAAGAGAGAGACAAUCUUAGAUCUCACACCACAGUGUCAGGCCCGAAUGCAGUUAUUUCGUCAGACGGAAGAAGUACAGAAACGCUUGAAAGAACAACUUCAACUGAAUGCAGAGGGGGCUCGUCAGAACGUCCACAAAACCGUACAAACACUAAUCACCCUUGUGAAGGAAGAAGGCGAGCGGCUCCUAACCUGUGUUGACACAGAGGAAAAGUCCAGAAAGAAGCAGAUCGAUGCAGAGAUAGAGGCAGUACAGAUCAGUCUGGCAAGCGCCAAGAGUACAUGUGAGUUUGCAGAGACUCUGGCCAGGGAGGGAGGCGACUACGAAGUUGUAUCUUUCUCACAAGACAUGACAACUAGACUGAAUGAUCUGACUAAACCACCCUCGAACAGAGUGGACUUUGAACUAGCAAACAUCACCGUUGAUUACUCUGUUAUGGAGCACAAGUUGACCAAACACAGCACCAAAACUGUCCAAUUCACCCUGCCGAAGCCAACAGAGAGGGAACUGCGUUCUCUGCUGCAACGUCUACCACAAAGUCGGACCGACUCGAGGACAGGACUUCGUCUGGAACCAUGUAGGACCGGGAUGUCGGGAAAUGUAUACGUGGGUAUGCAGGAGAUUGCAAAGGCUGAGAUGAAGGCAAGAGAGAAGGCUCCAAGUGUCACGGCGACUAUUAAGCUUGAUAGAAACAAACUCAAGCUUCUUCUUCUCAGUGACUUCGCGGCGUCCCAUCCUGAAGUGGACAUGAAGAUCGACAUGGAGCACAAAGAGGUGAAGCUGACGGGAGACGAUCGCGCAGUGAUGACGGCAAAACUCCACGUGUACGAGACGACGCAGUAUCCGGCAGAAGAGAGGGUAAAAGUCUCCAGCGGCGUCGCGGCAUUUCUGAAAACAGAGAAGGGAAGGAUGCACUUCGAAGGCUGCUUGCAGGGAAACCAGUUGAAAGUAGCCUUCGGUGUUGAAGAGGAGACAGUCAAGCUUUUUGCGCUAAAGAGUGAGGACUUAGAAAAGGCAAAAAGGGUGAUGACACAGUGUGUGUCGGAGUCAACCAUCCCGUUUGAUGCAGACUCUGUUGAAGUCUUGAAGUCCAAGGAGGCCACAUUGCUCUUUAAGAGUCUUCAAGGAAAGCAUCUCAUCUGUAUCCACCUCGGCAAGAAGAAUGUGUGGAUCGUCGGUCCUCCACAUGACGUGGCUACUGUGAAAGAAGAUAUCGGAAAGUACAUCUCCACUAACACUAUUAUCACGGUGAGUGUGGACACCAGUGAAGGCUGUACGAAGUUUCUACAGGAGUACAAGAAGGACGACAUCGCAGAAGUGGAGAGGCAGCACAUGGAACAGGCAGUGAAGAUCACAAGCAGGGCAACUGGUGGAUUCUCCAUCACAGGGACGAAAGACGGGACACAAGAGGCAAAGAAGAAGUUGGAAAAACUAGUGACUGACGUGAAGAAAGUCAGCAAGGAGAUCACGAAACCAGGAAUGUACAAGUUCUUGACAGGUGAAACAGGUCGAGCCCUGCUGGAUGUUGCAGGACGAGAAAACCGUUGUCUGAUUAUCCCCGAUGUUCCUUCACGAGGGAGAGGAGGACCAAACACAUACUACAGCGUCAGCUACAGUUCCCAAGUUUCAGUCAGCAGGCGGUAUUCUGCACCGAAACCUGCAGGGGACACAUCCUUCCCGGUGUCUACUCCAAGAGAACUGACGCUGCACCUGUUUGGACCUGACCAGGACAGGAUAGACAGGGCCAGGAAGGCUGUGGACAGCAUCGUGGUGAAGAACUGUCAGGAGCAGAAGAUUCAGAACCCUGCUAUCACCAUGCUGACAGCAGAGGAGGCCAGGAUGAUCCAUACCUACGGUGAAGACAGGGACGUCGUGGUCAAGCAAGGAAGUGGUGUUGACUGCCUUCUCAUCCAAGGUGCGAUUUACGAUGUCACUGAGGUCUUGAAGAGAAUUUGGACAGUCCUGAAUACUAAGGUGGAGGAGCAAAGAAGGGACUGGGGAAAAGCACAUUCGGUCCAGAAGGAUGCACGGUGGAGCUAUGUUGUAACUCAAGGUAGGGAGCAAAAAAUUCACCCAGCCGCAAAUGCCAUCAUCGAGGCUGCAUACAAAGCAAAGAAGAGUUCUGUAAAAUACGAUGAUGAGAAUGAGGAUUGUGAGAUUGACUUCAAGGCCAUGAGAGUCACCCUGAAACAGUCCAAAAGGUCCUUCCCUGUACAGAGGAGAGACAAGAAGGCAGACGUGGGUGGCGCUUUGCCUUCAACAUGGGACCCACAGCCACAGGACCGAAGUACAAAGCAACUCAAACUCUGCCACAUCGUUCCCCUGAAGUCUGGCUCCCAGGAGUACUGCAUAGUGGCAGGGAAGUUCACCAACAGUCUACAGGGGAUGAGGGCAACGGUAGUGAGCAUUGAGAGGGUCCAGAACCCUACCCUGUGGAGACAUUACUGUGCUCAACGACAGAAAGUUGCGCAAAUCAACCCGAGAAGGGCAGUGGAGCAAGAACUGUGGCAUGGGACUAAGAAGGAAGUUACUGAGGUAAUCACUCAUAAUGGCUUCAACAGGAGCUACAGUGGAGGAAAUGUUGGAUGUUGGGAAGGUCAGGGUUCAUACUUUGCCCUGAAAGCAGCUUACUCCACAAAGGACUACUACUCUGUACCAGACCCAACCACCAAACACAAGAAAAUGUUCCUGUGCAAGGUCACAACUGGAGAAUACACCAAGGGGGCUGCAGACAUGACUAAAGCUCCAAUGAGGAGUGAUAAGCCUAACGUCCCCUUUGACUCAACUGUGAAUGAUGUGAACAAUCCCACUGUGUUUGUGAUCUUUCAUGAUGUACAGGCUUAUCCAGAAUACCUUAUCACAUUCAAGAUGUCAUAAAUGAAAGGAGGAUCAAUUUUUUUUUAAAAUUCCCAUUCAGCCUUGUAGUGGAAACUUUUUUCAGUGCUAUAAUUUGAUCAGACAGGAUGAUGCAUUCAUGAUAUGAUAAUGCCAAAUGUGACAAUUCUAAACAACCAAGGUCUUUAGGUGCUUAAUACCUACAUGUAAAGGAAGGAAAAUAUUGUGAUCAGAAUCACACAUCUUGUAGUAGUAAUUGAUAAAUAUCAAAUCGAAUUCUUUAUUGUGCAUCAACUGUGUUUUAAAGAUAUCUUAGUAUUGUUUUAUAGCUUUUAAUGAUAGAUUAGUCCUUGCCAGUGCAGGAAAUACCGUCUUAACUAAUAAGCAUACAUUUAUAGAAUGCAUUUACUAGUAUUCAACGUGCAACAAUUUGUCUCGGAAGUUGUUGUUUGGGUAAGUUUGCAUUGUAGGUAUUACAUAAUUGCACUUUGUACAUUGCAUUGUACUCAUCAGUGAAAUGGAUAAUAAUGGUAAGUAGUAGCACACACACACGCACACACACACACACACACACACACACACACACACACACACACACAUAAACUCACAAACACACGCAGACACAAAGAUAUCCACAAUGCAUUUGCUUAACUUGUUACAGUAUUGAAAUAUCAGUUUCUUGUUAACAGCUACACCAUCAGGAUAAAUAAGAUAUGUUGCUGAAGUAUUUUUUUGUAUUUUGAUGGUGAAAAUAUGACAAUCAGAAUAAGAUGUAACUACCAUCUGAUACAAUCGCAAACACAAACCAGACACAUUUAUGAUGGUUCACAUGUGUAAUUUGCUGAAGAAGAAUGAUAUACAUGUAUGCAAUAAUCAUUUGAUUUUUUUUGUCAUAGCAACUUAUACCCAUCCUUAUCAUAUAAUGAGGCAUAGGCACUUUUUAAAAAGAUUUUUUCAAACUUUUCUUUUUAUUUCAAACUUUAUUAAUAUUUAGAUAUACAAAGCAUAAAAAAUCAAUCUUAAACAAGAACAUGCAGGUGUACAUACAUUGACAGACAGAUACAUGUGGUAGUAAUCAGUGACAAUACAAAACGGUAUAAAGGUUUCCACUUUUUGUUGUGUUUACAUAUUUUGAUUUUAGCUGUCGCAAUAUUUUCUCAAUUCUGUAUGCAUAUCUAACGAAGGCAAUAAACGUGUGGAUGGAUAGAUUCGAUAUC